GAUAGAUUUCUUGGGCUACAGUUUUGAAAUGAUCAAGUACAGGCAGAGAAAGUAUCAUGCAAAUGACGAGCUAACUGCACGAUUAAAGCUACAGCCAGAAACUCGUGUCACUACUGGAGGGAAAGGAGAAGGCACAGCAAUGUACUUUGAAAACGACGCAGAUUACAUGUUUGUUGUUAAGCAGGUAAUGUGUACCGAUUUUCCUGUGGUAUUCAUGGGCAUUAAGAAUUUAACUUUAUUCCAAACGAGAAGAGAGCUUACGUCUCCAGGUUAUACACGACUGGAGUUACUAAAAUUUUCAGGACGAUACCGCAGGGAGGAGAUUCGGGUAUCUCUGAUUCACAGUCAGUCCGGUUCUGUUUACCUGUCAAGUGAAGCAUUUGUCACUGCACUACAAAUAACAUCGGAGAAAACAUGCAACCUUGGCGGGUUUAUAAAGGGUGCCAGAAGUGGACCGUCAACACCAAUGUCAGACAAGUACGAUAGCUAUGAUGAUGUCGUAGCGUUACCGUGUUGUUGUCCGGAUCUUCUUUCGAAGUGGUUUUCGCGUCCAAGACCCCAAAGAUGGCCACCACAAGAGGUACUGCAUGCUAUCUCAUUACUUGACGCGCAUGUCGUUCCAGUUGGAUUCAAAAGUUCUCCAGAACAAUCUCUUGAAUGGCGAGUAUGUUUUUCUCUAGCUGAAUUGCACUUAAUGCAAAUUUUAAACGAAUGUCAGAUACAGACGUACAUAUUACUAAAGAAGAUAGCAAAAUCAUGCUUACAUCCAAUUAGUAAAGACAUAACUUCAUACGUAGUCAAGAAUACAAUCUUAUGGAUCUGUGAGAAAACACCAAAUAAAUUUUUCGAAAAGAAACAUCUAUUGUACAGAUUACUAGACUCAAUCGAGUUCUUAAGGCAAUGCAUCAGAAAGAACUAUAUACCAAGUUACAUGAUAUCUGAGAGAAACCUGAUUGCUGGCAGAUUAGAUCGAUUGCAAAGACGUCAAUUGGGCCGCAUUUUAGAUGACUUAAAAAACGAACAGGGACAAUUGUUCCUCAGAAUAGGGAUGCUGCGAGACGCAUUGCUUGUAAUGUAUAAAUGUCCCAAUCUGUUCAGAGAGUACGGGGAGAAACGGGAUAUAUUGGAAAGAACAGUACUUUUGAGGAACUGGAUACGAGAGUCCGCUUGGAAACCAAAUAUGACAAAAGCAGAAAAGAUUAGAUUGGCAGAAAAACACAAGGGGUAUAAGAUAUUAGAGAGAGAAAUCGAUGACAUAUUACACGUAAACGAGGCACAGUUAGAAGAAAAAGGAUGGAUGUUCACUGAAAUAAAUGACAUCUGGAUGCAGCGACUGUACCAGCUGUUGUCGUAAACUGCCUUUUCCUUAACUAAAAUAAACUAGCAAUUUUGA